AUGGAGCCUCCUGGGUCCCACCAGCGCACGGACGAGCCAAGCUGGUGGGGUAGUGCCCCCCAGUACCAGUAUAUGCCCUUUGAGCACUGCACCAGCUACGGACUGCCCUCGGAGAACGGGGGCCCUCAGCACCGGCUCCACAGGGAUGCAGGCCCCCGUCCCAACACCCGCCCCACACAGAUUUAUGGCCACCGCAGAGAGCCCAGCCCAGACAAGGAGCAGGACGUGGGGAUGCCCAAGAAGACAGGCUCCAGGGCCACCUUGGACAGCAAGGAUGAGGACCACUGCUCAAAGUGUCAAGACUGUCUCCGCCGCCUGGGUCGUGUGGUGAGAAGAAAAUUAGGGGAAGACUGGAUCUUUCUGGUACUCCUGGGCCUCCUCAUGGCCUUGGUUAGCUGGACCAUGGACUACGUCAGCGCCAAAACCCUUCAGGCCUACAAGUGGACGUACCACCGGAUGCAACCCAACCUGCCGCUGCAGUACCUGGCCUGGGUCACCUUUCCCCUCGUCCUCAUCCUCUUCAGCGCCCUCUUUUGCCACCUCAUCUCUCCCCAGGCUGUUGGCUCUGGAAUCCCUGAAAUGAAGACCAUCCUCCGCGGCGUUGUCCUGAAGGAAUACCUCACCCUCAAGGCCUUCGUGGCCAAGGUGGUGGCCCUGACCGCAGGGCUGGGCAGCGGCAUCCCCGUGGGGAAGGAGGGCCCCUUCGUCCACAUCGCCAGCAUCUGUGCCGCUGUGCUCAGCAAGUUCAUGUCCGUGUUCUGCGGGGUGUACGAGCAGCCCUAUUACUACACCGACACUCUGACGGUGGGCUGUGCGGUGGGAGUCGGCUGCUGCUUUGGGACGCCACUCGGAGGGGUGCUCUUUAGCAUCGAGGUCACCUCCACGUACUUUGCCGUGCGCAACUACUGGCGAGGAUUCUUCGCAGCCACUUUCAGUGCCUUUGUCUUCCGCGUGCUGGCGGUGUGGAACAAGGAUGCCGUCACCAUCACCGCUCUCUUCAGAACCAACUUCCGAAUGGAUUUCCCCUUUGACCUGCAGGAACUGCCAGCCUUUGCCAUCAUUGGAAUCUGCUGCGGCUUCCUGGGAGCUGUCUUUGUGUACCUGCAUCGCCAAGUCAUGCAGGGCGUCCGAAAGCACAAGGCCCUCAGCCAGUUUCUUGCUAAGCACCGCCUGCUGUAUCCUGGCGUCAUUACCUUUGUCAUCGCCUCGCUCACCUUCCCACCAGGAAUGGGUCAAUUCAUGGCCGGAGAGCUGAUGCCUCGAGAAGCCAUCAGUACCCUGUUUGACAACAACACGUGGGUGAAACACACCGGUGACCCUGAAAGCCUGGGCCAGUCCGCUGUCUGGAUCCACCCACAGGUCAACGUAGUCAUCAUCAUCUUCCUCUUCUUCGUCAUGAAGUUCUGGAUGUCCAUCGUGGCCACCACAAUGCCCAUACCCUGCGGAGGCUUCAUGCCUGUGUUUGUGCUAGGAGCUGCCUUCGGAAGGCUGGUUGGGGAGAUCAUGGCCAUGAUCUUCCCGGAUGGCAUCUUGUUUGACGGCAUCAUCUAUAAGAUCCUCCCUGGGGGCUACGCAGUGAUUGGGGCAGCGGCACUGACGGGCGCCGUGUCUCACACCGUCUCCACGGCUGUGAUUUGCUUCGAGUUAACGGGUCAGAUCGCGCACAUCCUCCCCAUGAUGGUGGCUGUCAUCCUGGCCAACAUGGUGGCUCAGACCCUGCAGCCCUCCCUCUAUGACAGCAUCAUCCAGGUCAAGAAGCUACCCUACCUGCCUGACCUUGGUUGGAACCAGCUCAGCAAGUAUACAAUCUUUGUUGAGGACAUCAUGGUGCGUGAUGUGAAGUUUGUUUCAGCCUCUUGCACCUAUGGGGACUUGCAAACCCUGCUGCAGACCACCACAGUCAAGACGUUGCCACUGGUUGAUUCGAAAGAUUCAAUGACCCUGCUGGGCUGUGUGGAGCGCUCCGAGCUGCAGGCCCUGCUGCAGCGCCAGCUGAGCCCGGAGCGCAGGCUGCUGGCCGCCCGGGACCUGGCGAGGAAGCUGGCGGAGCUGCCCUACGACGGCAAGGCGCGGCCGGCCGGGGAGGCGCACCGGGGCCGCCCGGAGUCGUUCGCCUUUGUGGACGAGGAUGAAGAAGAAGACCUCUGGGGGAAGCCCGAGGUGUCUCCCCCGGCUCCCCCGGCUCACGCCUUCCCUACCGCUUCGCUGCCCGCGGAAGAGCCCAAUGGGCCCCUGCCCAGUCACAAACAGCACCCCGAGGCCCCGGAGCCUGCAGGUCAAAGACCCUCGGUCUUUCGGUCCCUGCUGCGCUGCCUUCUGGGCAGAACUCGCCCCCCCAAGAAGAAAGCAACCCAGGAUUCAACGAAUUUGGUGGAUAACAUGUCACCUGAAGAAAUUGAAGCCUGGGAGCAGGAGCAGCUGAGCCAGCCCGUGUGUUUUGAUUGCUGCUGUAUUGACCAGUCCCCCUUCCAGCUGGUGGAGCAGACCUCCCUGCACAAGACUCACACAUUGUUCUCACUCCUGGGCCUCCACCUGGCUUAUGUGACCAACAUGGGCAAGCUCAGGGGCGUGCUGGCCUUGGAGGAGCUGCAGAAGGCCAUUGAGGGGCACACCAAGUCUGGGGUACAGCUCCGCCCCCCCCUGGCCAGCUUCCGGAAUACAACUUCAAUUCGAAAGACCCCUGGGAGCUCACCUCCUCCUGCAGAAGCCUGGAACCUGCCUGAGGGUGGAGCGGGGGCUGCUGGUGCAGCAGACAUGGCUGCGGGCUCCCCAGAGGCCCCCGUGCCACCGCCGCCCCCAGAACCCCCCCUCUCGCUGGUGCCAGCCAAGGCGCAGGGCGAGCUGGAGGAGCUGGAGCUGGCGGAAGGUCCCGGGCCAGAGGAGGAGUUGGCUGACAUCCUGCAGGGCCCCAGCCUGCGGUCCACAGACGAGGAGGAUGAGGAGGAGCUGAUCCUUUGACACUUCCGGGACCUCCUCGAGGACGGCCGAGAGCCCUGGCCAGAGAGGGCCUUGUGUGGAGAGCACGUCCCAAGGAGACCAGUAUCCUGACCCUUUCUGGAAAUGUGCUAGUCUUAGAGGAGUCCAGUCGGUGGGGUCAGUUAUUAGGCCAUGUCUCCCUCCCCAAGGAGGCGGGGGCAGGUGGUCUGACCUUGAGUUCCCCUGGCGGUGGCUCAGCUGCCCCUCGGGCUCCCCUCAGCCUCUGCGGGUCCCCAGGGCAUAAUCCCAGCUGGUCCCUGGCCUUGCGGGAUUCCGCCCCUCAGCGUCCUCAGCCGGGGUGGGAGGCCAGCCUGCUGGGCCUGCAGGAGUGGAGGGCACAGGAGCACCUGUGGCCUGCCCCUGGCUGUCAACCCACUGCUGCUCCUGGAUCACCCCCAAGUGCUCAUGUCCCUGAGAUUUGCCUCCAGACUCCACUGGGCUCUCACGUCCAUCCCAAGGCCAGGGGCCUCAAAAGGCCAACCCCAUCCCCCCUCCUUGGUCCAAUUUAAGCAGUGAAAGGUGAAUAAAAGACCACCCUGAACAUGACCUAGACGAGGUCAGAAGUUCCCUGCAGAAGGAAACUUGUGCCUACCACCAGCACAACGCCCACCUGUCCCAGUGGCUCUGCCCGAACCCCGUUUUGCAGGGUGCCCCCACACCCUCCAGUUCCCAGGGCCCUCCCCAGAAAGCUACCCAUCUCCCCGUUAUAAUCCCUGAUCUGCCCUGCCGGGCAGUAGGCCCGGCCCUGAGCUCCCUGGUCGGGCUUCUCCCAUCAUGGGUGACUCGGGCACCCUGACCUCUCCUUGGCUAGCUCACGGUGCUCUUUUUGGGGGUUCAAAAACUCAGGCAUCCUCCCCAAAACAGCCACAGGUGUCUGCCAUUAGCCCAUUAGACCCUAAGUAGCCCCAGUGGCUCAGCCCAGUCUCGCUCUCAGGCCUUCCCUCCUCUCAUGCCUGGCUGAGUGGCCCCUCCUUCCCACUGCCCCCUCCCUGUCCCCUGGCCUAGGUUCUUUCAUCCCCCAAGUAAGAGGCACACAGCAAGGGGUGCUACCACAUUGUUUAUGCUGCAGCUCACAGCCCACAGCCUCCUCACAGGGCCCUGCCAGGCUGAGCGAGAGGCUGAGGCCUGGCAGUGGGCCUCUGAGCCCAUGCCCACGUGUAUGUAAUCUACAAUAUUCAUAUUUAUGUCUGUGUAGUUCUCUCUGUGAUAUAUGUCAUAGAAUCUCUCUUAGGCCUGCCACAUUAGGAAAACACGCGAAGGCCGGCCACACACUGGGUCCUCAGACCUGGAAGGCUGAGAAUGGGGGUGUGGAGGUGGGGGCUGGGGAGG